UGUGUACUUUGCAGAGCACCCUGGCUUGUGAAGUGUUACCCAGUUAAACUGGAAUCAAAGCAGGACAACGCCAGCCCCUCCUGGUCCUAAAAAGGGCUCGCUUGCUGCCGCUGCCCUCCCAGGAAGGAUGGGAAAGGGCUACAAGGUGGUGGUUUGUGGAAUGGCCUCGGUGGGAAAGACUGCGAUUUUGGAGCAGCUUCUCUAUGGAAAGCAUAAUGUUGGCUUAGAAGAGGGUGCCACAAUGGAAGAUGUGUAUUUGGCAUCGGUGGAGACAGACCGAGGCGUGAAGGAACAGUUACGGCUUUAUGACACCAGGGGUCUGCAGGAGGGCGUAGAAUUGCCAAAACACUAUUUCUCUGUUGCUGAUGGCUUCGUUCUCGUGUAUGCCGUGACCAGCCUCGAAGCUUUCCAAAGAGUCGAACUGCUCAAAAAGGAGAUCGAUGUCUUUAGAGACAAAAAGGAGGUAACAGUUAUUGUCUUGGGAAACAAAACUGACCUCCUGGACCAAAGGCAAGUGGAAACAGAAGCAGCACAGCAGUGGGCAAGGGCCGAGAAAGUGAGACUGUGGGAAGUGACUGUGACAGAUCGGAAAACACUGCUUGAGCCCUUCACCUUCUUAGCUAGCAAACUCUCCCAGUCCCAGAACAAAUCAACAUUUCCCUUGCCUGGAAGGAAGAGCAAAGGGAAUAACUGUGAUAACUAAGCUACCUUAGUGUUGUCUGCUGCUGCCAGGUCACAGCCCAAGUCCUUUCUGUGCCAUUUGCUUCUCAGAGUUUCACUUAAAGCAAUAAUCUCAUUCAGCAAUAAAAUCAGCAAGCUUAUGGCUAAGAGGUAUCCUUCCUUCUCAUGGACUUGGCUUGAAAAAGUCACUGGUGGUAAAAGCCUUAAAA